AUGUCAACUGAACCUUCAAACAAUGAUCACAUCAAUCAUCAUAAAACUUCAGUUGAUGCAGCAUUUGAUCUCUCUCUUCAAAGUCAAGGUAUUGAAAUAACCCCAGAGAUUAACAAGUCUCUACUAAGAAAAAUAGACUUAUUCAUCCAACCAAUUAUCUGGGCAGUCUACACCUUACAAUAUAUGGAUAAAGUGACAAACAAUUAUGCAGGUGUCAUGGGGAUUCAACGAGACUUGAAACUUCAUUCGAAUGAAUUUUCUUGGUUAGGUACAGGUUUUUAUUUAGCUUAUCUUAUUGCAGAAUUCCCAAUCUCUCAAGCGUUACAAAGAUUACCAUUCAUCAAAACAUUAAGCUCAUGCAUUGUCAUCUGGGGAAUCGUGUUAUGUGCCCAUGCAGGUGCUCAUAAUAGUGCACAAAUCAUCACUGCAAGAGUGUUUUUAGGUGUGUUUGAAGCAAGUGUCACUCCUGGAUUUGUUAUUUUGAGUUCUCAAUGGUAUAGAAAAGAGGAACAGUUUGCUAGAAUUGCUUACUGGUUUAGUUGUAAUGGGGCAGGGAAUUUGAUUGGUGGUGCUAUUGCGUAUGGGUUAGCUCAUCAUGCUAAAUCCCUUAGUAUUGAGCCUUGGAGAGUCUUAUUCAUUGUUACAGGAUUAAUGACAAUAUUGUUUGGUGUUAUUUUCUUCUUUUAUGUCCCUGAGAAUCCUUCAAAAGCUUGGUUCUUGACUGAUGAAGAGAAAUUGUAUCAAGUGCAGAGAAUCAGAAAAAACCAACAAGGGUAUGGAACUAGAAAGUUUAAAAAGUAUCAAGUGAUUGAAGCUUUUAAAGAUGUAAGGACUUGGAUCUAUAUUAUUUGGGGAUUGACAGCACAGAUCCCAAACGGAGGUCUUGGAUCAUUCGGAUCCAUUCUUUUGAAUCAAACUCUAGGUUAUUCUAAAGAAAAAUCGUUAUUGAUGGGUUUACCUCAAGGUGCCAUCCAAGUUGCUUCAGGUAUAAUUACUGGAUAUAUUGCAACUCGAACUGGGAAAAGAGUCAUUGUGGGUGUGGGAUGCUGUAUAAUUACACUUAUCGGCUCUUGCUUAUUAGCAUUUACUCAUCAUCCACAUUCCCAAUUAGCUGGGUAUUAUCUUUUCCCAUUUUAUGCAAUUGGGAUGGUUACUAUUUUAGCUUCAAUAACUUCUGAUGCCGCAGGACACACAAAGAAAUUGACAGUGAGUGCUACAUUUUUGGUCUCAUACUGUGUUGGUAAUGUCAUUGGACCUCAAACUUUUAGAGACAAGGAUGCUCCACAAUAUCAACCGGCAAGAGUCACCAUGGCUGCUUGUUUAGCUGUUUGUACAGUGGAUUUGUUCAUUUUGUUGGUCGUCAACACUUUUGUAAACAAUCAAAGGGAUAAGAAAUUUGCAGAGGAUCCAAAUUAUUAUACUGCUCCUGAAAACAGUGAGUUUUUGGACUUGACUGACUUUGAAAACAAGAAUUUUAGAUACUCUUAUUAG